UGAGCUGAGACUGGCUCUCCUCUCUCGUCGUCUCUACAGUGCAGGAUGGUGGGCGUGUACUGUAAACUACAACAACCCACCUCGUGAAUAUUAUCAAGGUGCUAUUAUUUUCCCUCAUCAGAAUUAUUUUCCGUCCUGGGCUUUGCGCCGUAGUAGUGCUAUGGGGCUUUAUACGUCACCAGGGAGAAACUCUACGAAAACAAUGCUCCUCCGCCAGAAACCAUCUCCACGGGAGAGCAUUCGGGUAGAUUAGACUUCUAUUCUACCGCACUCCCUGUCCGGCGACCUCCACAAUAGCCAGCUAAAGAGAGCGGGAGAGAAGAGGGAUACAGUAGGACUGCCACAUUGGGCUGCCAUCUCCAUCGCCUUCAGAUCACACGGGACUGGAGGCAGCCUAGUCUAGUCUGUUUGUUUUUCUAUGGUCCAGACUGCAACUUUCCCCAGGGUACGGUCCUGAUGGCUGGACACGAGUGGGAGUAUAAGGACUGGUUCGAACGGGAGGAAUUUAUCGGACAGAUCAGCGACAUCCGAGUGCAGAAUCUUCAAGUUGAAAGAGAAGUCGUUCAGAAGAGGACGUUCACACGAUGGAUGAAUCUGCAUUUGGAGAAGUGCACUCCUCCGAUGGAGGUGAAUGACCUGUUCAGAGAUAUCCAGGAUGGAAGGAUACUCAUGGCUCUGCUGGAGGAACUGUCUGGAUGCAAGCUGCUUCAUGGAUGGAAGCCGUCCUCACAUCGUAUCUUCAGACUGAACAACAUCGCUAAGGUCCUUACCUUCCUGGAGGAGAGAAAUGUGAAGCUGGUCAGUAUUGACGCUGCAGAUGUUGCCGAUGGCAACUCUUCCAUCGUUCUUGGACUCAUCUGGAAUAUCAUCCUGUUUUUCCAGAUCAAGGAGCUGACAGGGAACAUUAAGAGUCAGUUUCCCUCGUCCUCCAGCCUCUCCUCGCUCCCCACCAGCUCAGACUCCGACACCUCCCACUCCAGCACACCCUCCUUCGAGAGACCGCGCUCCAUCGCCAUGAGGGAUCAUGGGAAGCCCAUCAAGACGCUCCUGCAAUGGGUCCAGAGACGAACCAGGAAGUACGGUGUGGCGGUGCAGGACUUUGGGAAGAGCUGGACCAGUGGGCUGGCCUUCCUGGCUGUCAUUAAGUCUAUAGACCCCAGCCUGGUGGACAUGAGGAGAGCUCUGCUGAGGACAGCCAGGGAGAACCUAGAGGAUGCCUUCAGGACAGCUCACUACAGCCUGGGCAUACCCAGACUACUGGAUCCAGAGGACGUGACCAUCAACCCUCCAGAUGAGCAGUCCAUCAUGACCUAUGUGUCCCAGUUCCUAGAGCACUUUCCUGGGAUGGAGGAGCUCCAGGAAAAUGCAUCUGAUGUGAUACAGAGGAGUGUGUCGUCAGGCAGACUCAGCUGUCGUGUCAAUGACUCCUCCCACGACCUGAUGAACGGCGUCCACCGGAGCCGGGACAGAGAGAGGCCCUACGUGGUCCGGAGAGACUGGGUCCAGCCCCCGCCCAAAAUCUUAAUCUCCUCCGUCUCCGAGGAGCUCAAGUCUCCCACUUCCCCGGUCGCGGUGGAGCGCUCCUGGGUCAACGAGGGCUCGUCGGUUGGUUCCACCUCCAGCCCUGUCUUCACUGUCUCCACCUCCAGCUCCCCGCAGCCCUCCUUCGUCGACUCGGUCAUCGGCUCUGUGUCUUGCGACUCACCAAUCAGUGACUCUGUCAUCGGUUCACCAGACUCUUGCUGGGAGGGCCAUCCAAACGAGGCAGUGACUCCAGACAGGUUCGUGGAGAGCCGUAGCGAUGGAUCGCUAUGUGACAGCGGGCUAUCCUGGGACAUGAACAUCCCUCCCUCUACCCCCCACGGGGUCACGCCCGACCUGGAGGAGCCGUUGCCCUCAGUUACGGGGCUGACAGGGAAACCCCAGGAUGAGGAACAGGAAGUGAUUCCGGAGCUGUUUGUUGACGAGGGAAACUACUCUCUAAACUCGUUGGUGAGCACACAGGACAGAUCCAGAACACACCCAGAGAAAGAGGAGGACGGGGGGGAGAGAGAGGAGGACGGGGGGGAGAGAGAGGAGGACGGGGGGAGGAAAGAGGAGGAGGAGUAUAACUACAUUCUGAACCUGAGUGUGGACAAGGCAGGCAAGCAGGAGCCUGAUCAAAGAGAAGGAAAUAACAAGUACAGGUCAAGUACAGGUCAGAGUAACAGCGUUAACAAGGAGCAGGGGUGGCCAUCUUUAGAGCUCUCUGACGAGCCUCAGGAAACUGACUCUGACCAGAAGGGGGAGAGUGUGUGUGGGGGUGAGAGUGUGUGUGGGGGUGAGAGAGGAGGAGCUGUGAGUUCUCCACAACAUGAGAAAAUCAGCCAAUCAAAGCAGGGCUCUGACAUCACACAUCAGGUGACCCCCGACCUGCAUGAAGAGCCCAAUCAACGGGACAGUGUCCCGGAGACGACAGACAGGACAUCAGAAUGUGCCAAGAAGGAAACGGCGGAACCAUCUAGAGAUUCCAGGAAGGCUGGAAACCCUGAGGAAGAGUUAGCUAAGGAACGUUCUGAUAAAGCAGAGGGUCAAAGUGAUGUGACUGACAGAGUGGAGAUGGAACACAGACAGACUACUUCUCUGUCAGAGAGGGACAGAGAUGGGGAGCGGUCCCUGGAGGGGUCAGAGGAAAGGCACAAGCAGGUCACAGAAGAGUCUGAAACACAAGAGAAGAUAACAGAUGUUCAGAACGGCCACGUAGAGUCACAGGAGAACACUACGACACAGGUUGAUGAUGUCACAGAGUCGACGCAUCCACAACCGUAUAUGGAGAUGGACCAGAGUCGGACCAUCCUGGGGGGCCCCUCAGAACAAUGUCUGGACCCGGUGGAGCAGAGCCAUACUGGGACAACUCCUGCCUGCACAGAUGGUGGGCAGAGUUCCACACUCCUAACAGAGGCCGGUAAGGAAGGGACCCUGAGCCCAGAGAUAGAAGCGGAGGCUGGGGAUGAAGACCUGUGUGGGCCCCCUGGAGGUGGCUUGGUUGAGAGGACUGGAAAGUGUGAGAGAGCCUCUUGUGUUGGAGAUGCUGACGUGAAUGUAGUAGCUCCUGAGGAGAAGAGAGUCGCAGAAAAGGAACAUGACUGGGUGGAUGGGUCUGGGACCACAGACAACACAGAGACAGUAGUGGAGGUCCCCCAUCAGUGCAAGCCAGUUUCCAUUAUACCCCUUGACAUGGUGUACUACCCCCACUAUGACGUCCACAUCUCCCAGGUGAUCGAGGCUUUUGUGGAGCCUAACCCUGGAUCGGUCCUCACUGGGCUGGUUCCUCAGUCUCCUCUCUCUGACACAAACACCCAGAGCCAGGCUGUACUGCAUAGCCAGGAGGAGAGAGACUCAGAGAAGGACACAGGGGAUCAUACUGAUGGUGGUCAUAGUGAGACAGAGGCCUCUGCUGUUGAAGAGACAGGGGACAAAAUGGCCGACACAGAACAGAGUGAAACAAAGCCUGUGAAUAUGACCUAUACAGACACUGAGAGGAGGAGUGCUUUGGGGUCUGAAAGUGAACCAAUGGACUUGUUCCAUACAGACAGUGAUGCUAACGAGAGUUCUAGAUCGGCCCUUGAUGAGCCAAUGACAGUGAGCGACACUCUGGAGCCAAUGGAUCUGUUCUACCCGGAUACAGAUGAUUGUGGCCCUGUAGAGGAACCAGAGAACGACGUGGAGACAUCGCCGUGGUCCUCCUCCUUCAGCAAGUCAGUAGAGACCUGGCCCUCAACCUUCAGUGUGGCAGCUCUAAAACCAGCACCGUCCUCAGAACCAGAACCACUGCCAGAGACACACACACAGACACACACAGACUCACACACACACAACACGCUGUAUCAAGAGGAACUCUGUGAGGUGUCAACCACACAGGAGCACGAUAAGGCUCCUUUAUCCCAACACCAUCCACAUUACCAGGAGAUUGAGGUGAGAGGGGGCUCUGGUGGAUCAGACCUCCAGGAACGGUGCUCCAUGCUGGGUGAGCAGACGGCGGGAGACGGUACUGUGGUGGAGACCCACCGUGGGCCUGCUGAGAGCAGUGAUCUCACCAUGACUGACGAGGAGAGGCCUGGCUCUGCUGCUGCUGCUGCCAGAGAAAGCAACGAGACCGUGAGAAGGAACGCUGACAGUGAUGGAAUCCUAGAUGAUCAGUGUUCUAUGUGUUUUACUCCUCUCCACAAGAGGAAGAACAAUGGCUCCAAUGAGAAGGACAAUCAGAAAGGUUUGGCAUCCAGCCGAACUCACUGUACCAAGUCUGACACCAGCUGGAGGGAGAUGUGGAUUCCAACAUCAUUGACAGAGUACUACAUUAUCCUGCUGCUGUGGCUGGUCCUCUACUGUCUGUUGGUUCUGCCACAGAUCCACUACAGAGACCUGCCACGCCUUCUGCUCAACCUGGACGAAUGAACACACACACACUGCCAUACACACAUCACGUACAUGUCACACACACAACACAUACACAUGCACGUACACACAUACACACACUCAUUCUCACACGCACGCACAUACACUUUGCUAUCUUCUCCAGUCAACAUUGUCCCUCAUUCAUAUUGGCCCUUACCCUUUUCCUUUCAACACAUUUCAUAUCCACAGCAAAUGAAGGCUUUUUUUUAUUCCAGAAUAAUUUAAAGGUUUUUAAAGAUUCUGCUUUUUGGCUUUUAAUGUGGCUUGAAUUGAUAUGCUUACAUUGUAAAGACAAAGCUACAACUCUGUAUGUUUCUCUGAGUUUAUUGAUGUACAAAGAGAGAAGUGUUGUAAUAGUCUGUAGGAUUGUACAGAACACAUUAUUUUAAAUGUUUUGUUUUCUGCAAAGAGUUUAUGAAUACAGUUUAUGAAGCUUUGCAGUGGGCCCAUUUAUGUAAAUGUUGUGGAAAAACAUGUAUGUUUCAGAUUCAUCCCUUUAUUUCAUUUUUGAAUUUACACACCGUUUGAUAAGAAAAGUAAGAGAAUGUGUGGUAUUUCACAGAUGCACAAACAUCAUACCCCCAAGACAUGCUAAACUCUCACCAUUACAAUAGCAAGGUAGGUUAGGAUUUUAUAUCAUACCCCCAAGACAUGCUAACCUCUCACCAUUACAAUAGCAAGGUAGGUUAGCAUUUUAUAUCAUACCCCCAAGACAUGCUAACCUCUCACCAUUACAAUAGCAAGGUAGGUUAGCAUUUUUGGGGGGGUAUGAUAUUUGUGCGUCUGUAACUUUCUCACUCAUCAUUAUUCACGAUUCAUUCAGGAUGAUCUGUAAUCAUGGUAGCAUCCACAUUAAUGCAGAAGUGUUUAGAAACAUAUUAUUAUUUACAAUAAAAGUGACUCCAAAAUGACACAACACAUUAUUUACCAUUCAUUUCUAUUGGGCGCAAAGUAAUCUGAAACACAACCAAAACAAACAGAAAAUGCUUGAUGUAAUCACUGUGUGCUAGGAAUAUGGGACCAAAUACUAAACUUUUGACUACUUUAAUACACAUAAGUAAAUUUGUCCCAGUACUUUUGGUCCCCUAAAAUGGGGGUACUAUGAAGGAAAAAAAAGUGCUGUAAUUUCUAAACGGUUCACCCAGUAUGGAUAAAAAUGCUCAAAUUAAAGCUGACGAUUCAUUCGUCAGCUUUAAUUUAACCUCAUAGUCAUUGUAUAAUAUCAAAUCCAAAGUGCCGGAGUACAGAGCCAAAACAACAACAAAAAAUGUCACUGUCCCAAUAUUUUUGGAGCUCACUGUAUUUACACAUUUGAGAUAAUGCACAAAUUUCAUUGGGCGAUGAACCUCUAGAAGGUACUACUUGUCUUACAAGAAUCUCUCAGUGGAUUCUGCAGAGGCUUGGGAGGGUGUCAGUUGUGAGGCUUGGAGGGUGUCAGUUGAGAGGCUUGGCGGGUGUCAGUUGAGAGGCUUGGUGGGUGUCAGUUGUGAGGCUUGGAGGGUGUCAGUUGUGAGGCGUGGAGGGUGUCAGUUGUGAGGCGUGGAGUGUGCCAGUUGUGAGGCGUGGAGUGUGCCAGUUGUGAGGCGUGGAGUGUGCCAGUUGUGAGGCGUGGAGUGUGCCAGUUGUGAGGCUUGGAGGGUGUCAGUUGUGAGGCUUGGAGGGUGCCAGUUGUGAGACGUGGAGGGUGUCAGUUGUGAGGCGUGGAGGGUGCCAGUUGUGAGGCGUGGAGGGUGCCAGUUGUGAGGCGUGGAGGGUGCCAGUUGUGAGGCGUGGAGUGUGCCAGUUGAACUUUUUGAAACAGUGUGUGAACUGCCAAAGAUACAGUGUUUGGAAUGCUGAAUAUAAAAUAAUCAACUCACCACUAUAAGUUAACACAACAGAGGAACUAGUUAUGAAGUGACAAUAUUGGUUUACUAAUAAUAUGUUGGUCUUAUAUUUUAAGGAUUUUAAGGAUGCUGAAGCAUAUCAAUCUUUGUAAUGUCUAAGGAUACGUUGGAAGUACAGUAUAUUAAGGCAUUUUUUAAAGUUUAAUGAUUAAUUCCGUUAAAUAGUUAUGUUUGUAUGCAUGUGGGUUGUAUUUUAAACUGCUGUGAUUGAUUCAGCUGUGCUUGAGCUUGUAAGAGUCCUUUUAAUAAAAAGAGAAUGCUUUAUGAUGAAA